CUGCAGUUGCUCCGCAGCUGCCGCGCGUGAUCGUCGCAUGCUCUAUGCGACCCCGCACUUUUUAUAUUAUAAUAUGGAUAUACCCCAAAUCCGCUCUCUCGUCAAUAUUCAGUUUACAUAUCUGUGGUUUUGUGAAGUCUCCGACAAAUAUAAAUGGAUUAUAAUGUAAUGUAUCUGCUUCUAAGUGAACAACCUUAAGGUCUGCAAUGGAAUUUGUACUAUACUACAACUACGGCAAAAGCGGCGUGCCGACGUGUUCGGCACAUGGCUAUCAAAUAUUACUAUAUUGGUGUGAUGUGACAAAGUGUGUGACUGAUAUGUAAUUAUACACAAGUGUAACAAUUGUUUAUGAUAUACGUUUUAUAUAUUCGUAAGAUGGAUCGUUAUGUGAUUGCGUGCUUCCCUUAGUGAUAGUGUUUAGUGUACCGUGUGACCGAUAUACUUGGAGCAUGCUGAUCAAUACGUAUCUGGACACGGAAGAUUUCGUGCAUUUAUAUUACCCCGAGGAUGAGCCACCCGCGGCCCAAGGUUGUGCAGCCGGGGCCCGAAUGGCAUCCAAGUACCCGAGACCGCCUUCGCCGGACUAUAAGGAGGUAUCGACGCUAACGGCGACGUGCGACAUGAGCGAGCGGGACCGUGAGCGGCGUGGUGCGCCGCCCGAGCCGCCGCCGCAUCGUGUACGCGCUGCUGACUUGUACCCGCGCACGCGCACGCAUUACGACGAGCCCGGCCUAGAGCCUGCGCUUGCGCCAAUAUGUGGCGAGUUUGUUCAGUGGGUGGGACGUACAUCAGAUGGCACGAUCGCGAUGUCCAACUACCGGCUUCACCUACACACGCGUCGCCGCGGCGGCUCCGGCAUCUCGGUGCCUCUGAGGCUCAUCGACGUGGUCGAGAUCCGGGAUCUGAUCACGCUAAUCAUUUUGUGCAAACAUGGAAGACAGCUCAAAUGUACCUUCAACGCGAGUGAACAAUGUCUAGAAUGGUGGAGGCGCCUGAGCACAUCCCUGGCCCCCAUCACUUCUCUGCAGGAUAUCUUCGCGGCUUCCUACGCCGCCUGGGCGAAAGAGCAGCCGCCUUCCUCCGUGCACAGAGCGUUACUGAACGCCUCCCAAGCGCCCCAUCAGAGACAUUGGUUCGGCUGCGAGUUGGAGCGAUUAGGAUUCACGACGAAGGGUCCGUGGCGCGUGUCCGCCGUCAACGCGGAGUACAAACUCUGCCCCUCCUACCCUCCGCUGCUCAUCGUGCCCGCUUCCAUCGGAGACGAGCAGCUCGAGGCCGUGGCCAGGUUCCGCACGAUGCGACGCAUUCCCGCCGUGGUGUGGCGUCACAGGAAGACGGGGGCCGUGAUCGCUCGCUCUUCGCAGCCCGAGGUGGGUUGGUUCGGAUGGCGCUCCGGGGACGACGAAGGCCUCCUGGCCGCCUUCGUCGGCGCCUGCGAUGCGGAUCGCACUACUCCCAAAAAGCCCCGAAGACUGCUAAUAGUGGACGCGCGGUCGUUCACGUCCGCGGUGACGAACCGGGCUCGGGGCGGAGGCUGCGAGUGCGCCCAGUACUACCCUCUGGCCGACAUUCAGUUCAUGAGCCUCCCCAACAUACACCACGUGCGCAAGAGUUUCCAGCAGAUGAGGGACCUCAUCGCGGACAACGAUCAGCCCAACUGGCACAGCGCUCUGGAGCGCACCCUGUGGCUGCAGUACCUGUCGGGGCUGCUGCGAGCGGCGUGCACGGUGGCCCGAGCGGCGGCCGACGGACAGCCCGUUCUCGUCCACUGCUCGGACGGCUGGGACCGCACGCCGCAGCUCGUGGCCCUGGCCGAGCUGCUCCUGGACCCCUAUUACCGCACCCUGGAGGGGUUCCGCACCCUCGUCGAACGGGAGUGGCUGGACUACGGCCACAAGUUCGCCGAACGAUGCGGGCACCAAGUCGGCGGAGAGGACCCCAACGAGAGAUCUCCCGUCUUCGUCCAAUGGCUGCAUCUCGUCUACCAACUCAUGUCGCAGUUUCCCGUCGCCUUUCAGUUCAACGAGGCCUAUCUCAUAAAGCUCGCCACUCACGUGCACUCGUGUAUGUUCGGCACCUUCCUGUGCAACAACCGUCGGGAGCGCGCCUCGGCCGGAGACCCCGGCCCGCACGUGUGGCAUCUGCUCGAGGCCCCCGCCUACCGGAACCAUCUCUACUUCCGCGACCAGGAGGAGCUGUGGCCCGAGUGCAGCGUGAGCGGGUUGCAGAUCUGGUGGGGGCUGUGGGGGGGAGGAGGCGCCCACGAGCCUCCGCCCGCCUCGCCGACGCCGCCCAGACCCGCGCCGCCCCCGCACAACGGUGUCAUGACGAAGACGCGUUCGUGCGACAACUUGCUGAACGAAGGCGAGAAGAGAACUGCGCAGCGCCGCAACAGCGAUCCCAGCCUCGCCCCCGACGCAAAGCUACUGAUGCUAAACGGGAGACCGGAGGAAGACAAAGUCGCCACAGAGUGUGAGAAAGCGUUGUCGGAUAGCUGCGUGGACUCUCUGCCUCCCUCGGAGCCCCCCGCGACCCAUCUGACGCUGGAUUUGCAGCAGGAAGAGGUGCAGUUACACGCGAACCACUUCCAUCCACCACCGAGAGACAUCGCCAGCAACUCUUCUUCGUUGGAGCGGGAACUGUCUCUGGUCCCCGACAAAGUCGACUCCGGCUCCGUCCUCGACGGCGUCGCGCCCGGCCUCGGGCCUGACGUCACGGUCGACGUCACCGACGGCGGGUCGCCGGACACGGUCGACAGGGACGUGUUCGACCUCUACGCGGACGUCAUCGAAAUAGCGGAUACCUCAAGAGAAGCCCGGACGCGGAACAUAAGCAUCACGUGGCGGUCCAUAUCCGAAUCUAGCAACCAGUCGUCGAACGGUUUCGACAUUCCGGAAAACUCGCCACAGAACAGACUGGAACCCGUCGCGGCCCGACUGGAGAGAGCGAUCGACAACAGGAGCUCGUCCGAGAGAGACACUUCCCCGGACGACAGAAAAUCGUCCGACAGAGACGGGCCGGUCGCGGACGACCACGACUCCACGGAGGCCGACAUAGCGAACCAUAACGUCGUGAACGGCAACACCAAUCACAACCGAGAAGGUGUCGGCAACGGAGACGCGAACGGAAUCGAGAACGUCGCGGCCAAGUUUCUGGAAGUCGAAUUGAAUGGCGCGGUGUCGUCGAGCUCCGAGAGCGAGGGCGAGGGCCGAGCGCGAGAGGAGGGCCGCGUGCCCAGCCAGCUCACGCUGUGUCCCGCUUCGCCCGGGCGGACCUACUGCCGCUGCGGAUCGGAGUCGGUGCCGAACGGCGUGUGCUGGUGCGGCGUGUGCGGCACGGGGACGGCGGGGGUCGCCGGGGGCUGCGUGUGCGGGGAGGGGGCGGAGAGGGAGUCGCGGGGGGAGAGAGACUCGCUCGACGGCCUGCCCCCGGCCGACGACCCCCUGCAGGCCCGACUGCAUCAGAUCAUCCUCUACCAGAAGAAAGUGGUAGACGAGCUGAACGUACAGUUACGAUCGGCCCACGAGGCUUUGAGGAGAGCGUCGCCGGCCGCCCACGCCCCGCCGCCCGCCCGCCGUCGGCCGUCUACGCCCGAACCGCCGAAGACGGCGAUCGGCAGCAGCAGCGGGGGCAGCGGCAGCAGCAGCGGCAGCGCCUCGGAGGUCGAGGUGGGGGAGGAGGCGAACGGCGUGCUCUGGCUGCCGGACAGUGCGGCGCCUCGUUGCCAGCAUUGCCGCAACCAGUUCUGGCUCGCGAGGCGGCGCCACCACUGCAGGCGUUGCGGAGGCAUCUUCUGCGGGUCCUGUUCGGAGAUGAGCUCGUGGGGCGACGUGGGGUCGGUGCGCGUGUGUCGCCGAUGCCGCGCCCUCAGGUGACCCGCCGACCGGUCCCGCAUCACCGUUCACCUAGACGAGCGCAGUCCCGCCUGAGGCGCCUCCGUCCGCCGACUUCGACGUGACGCCUCUCGCCGCGAAGCCCUCGUCUCGGAUCUCCCUCCCCGAUACUCGAUCGCUGCUAGUCGACGUCAUCGCUCAGUGUCACGUGACCUCUCCCUGUCGUUUCGGGCGAGCGAUGAAGACAAACGGGGCAGAGUGACUCCGACCUGGUCGUCUUCGGUCCGACGAUUGAUAAGUCGCCGUGACAAUAUUCAUAAAUAAUUCGUCCUAUUUAUUAUUAGAAAACGGCGAAAACGAACUCCGAACGUAAUGAUUUGAAUAUAUCGUUUUACCUCAUUCGAAAGCAAUAAUAAUAAUAAUCGGUUACACGAGAGGGUGUAAUUUUUCAAUUUUGUACAAAAUAUGUUUCGAGAUAGCGUCGGCUCGUGACGAACUCGGACGUCGUCGAGUGUCGGAUGGAAAGGAGGAAUUUCGUUUGAAUAUUAGAUUUGAUACAAUGACAAAAAUAUUCCACUAUUUGCAUAUAAAAUAAAGAACCGACCGAGCCGUACAUUAAAUUAUGAAAUUCUCUGAUGUUUGCCUCGACCCCCUAAAUGAACUGAAAAUCGGACGAACCGUUCUCGACGGGGUCUCUCCGUCCGCCGUUCGCGAUACGAAUAAUCGGCCUCGGCGUUUAGGAUAAAAGCGUCAUCCGCCGCGCGGCUCGUCCGGGAGCGACGUGCGUCCCGCGGAAGGAGUCUUUCGGACGCGGAGACUGUUCGGCUCGAAAUGAUAAAUUAAUUUAGACAAUCGGCGGAGGAAGUGGACGGGAGCCGGGACUUCGGCGCCGCGAGGCCACUCGACUGAUCUUGACACCGUGGCCCCGCCGCGCGAUUCAAUUAUUACUAAAACGGCUUUGUGACGAUUUGUUUUCUUUUUGUACAAAAGAUUUUUUGUUGUUUAGUUUUGUAAAGUUAUUAUCUGUCCGUCCGUCGGACCCGAAGGGAGUCGUCGGUUCCGGUCGGAUGGAUCGAAAGUAAUAAAUUGUAAAUGAGUUUCGCUCUGUACAUUGCUUUACGUUAGGACGACCGAGGUGAAAAUAAUCUCCGACGUGAAUCGGUUCGACCGGCCGCGGCGUGGAUUAUAUAUAUUUUGUCGAGAGUUUGCGAUUAUUUUAUCGCUUUUUGUGAUAUUGACGAUGAUUUUGUAUAAUAUUAAGAGUUUAAUAGGAUGUUAUUAGAGGUUAAAUUUUACUGGUCAUUAUUUAAGCGUGCUCGUUGAGUUUAUGCGAAUUAUAAUUGUUGACGUUUUCGAAAUGACCCUGACCCCGAAAAAUUGAACUUUCAAAAACAUUGUUAUAAUUAGAAAUAAAAUCGGUACUCGUGAUGUAAUGAAGUGUAAACGGAAACGGACGGGGCACUCGCCGCUUUAUGUAUAAAUCACGUUAAUUUAUUUGUGAGCCUCGGUCAUCACUUGCAUACAUUUUAUAUUGUAAAUGAAAACAAAUCUCCGCGCGAGUGUCCCCUUUGUCUCGAUGUGACCAAGAAAUAAUGACGAAAUAUGAAAUAAAGCGUAUUUAAUUUUA